UUUGGUGUCAUUGAACUUGGGGAGGCCUCUCUCUUGUCAUUAUCAUUUCUAUUAGCGUAUUAAAUCAAGCUCUGAUUAACCCGUCUUUUUUUUCACAAUUUUAGUUUUGUGUGUUGCAUAGUAUCCCUUUUCUAAAGAUGGGCAAUGAUAAAACUGAGACAUCAAUUGUUUGUCUAUCCGGCAAAUAUGUCGGUUUGAAGGCCAUUAAAAGUGCCCCCGAUGUAGAUCGACGUAUGGCCAAUGCUAAGUUACUAGAGCACAAUCCACUCCCCCAAAUUAAUGAAGUAAAGUUCUGCAGACAUGAAUUGCUGCGUGUUGCUGAACAUUUGGGUUAUGCUCCAGAUUACUUCUUCACAGUAGAUGGCAAUCCAACUAACUUGAAGGUCUCGCAGGGCGAUCUUAUGGACUCUAAAUUUGUUGCCGCCGUUGACAAAAACGAAGUAAAGGUGCAUAAGUUGAAGGACGGUGAUGUACCAAGGAAUCGUAACGGCCUGGAUUUGGAAAAAAUAAGAGACGAUGCUAAUGGCGGUUGCUAUGAUUGGAAGAUGUCGGGGACAGUAUCUCGUCCACCCUCGAAGCUUCCUCAUUCCUCUAGUUCAGACCGGAAGAGGCGCGGGAAAUGAAGGGCCAAAAUCUCUGUGAAGUUCCCUGCAGUCGUUUCUGGAUGGAUAAAAGAAUGGUGGCGCAGAAUCUUUGGCAAAAGUGGGCUAGUAAAUUGUAGCAGUCAUUUUAUACAUGUUUUUUUUUUUCAUAUUUCUAGUUGAACGAUGUAUUUCUAGUUUAAGGAGGUCGUAUGUGUUAUGAACCUCGCAAGUG